CGCUCGAAAAAGGUUCAACCAGCGGUAUGGUGGUCUGAUUUUGCUGACUUGGACUCGCCCACUGUGUACUCAGAUGCCAAAUUGCACCCUCUCGAGAACGAUGUAGUUGAUUCCCAAGAUGAACUUGACGUACCCGUGAGACGUGUGCAACGAGAUGCCGGUUAUGCCUCCAAUCUUAUGCUGAUUGAUGGAGCGUCCAAAAGUGAGGGAACGGUGCUGAUCAAUCACAAUGGUCGUUGGGGUACAAUUUGCGAUGACAACUGGACCUUGAAGGAAGCUAAUGUUGUGUGUCGAAUUCUGGGAUUCCCGCAUGCAUUGCAAGCCACAACUCGGGACUACUUCUUUUCAAAUGGUUAUUAUAACUAUAUCAUGGAUGACGUUGUUUGUCGGGGCAAUGAGAAAUCGUUGGAAGACUGUUCAUUCUGGGAUGAACACGACUGCUUACAACGGGAAGAGGCUGGAGUGAUUUGCAUGAACCCGGAACCGAUUGAAUGGCACUACGAUAUACGAAAGCCACAACUGAAACACACUAACGAGUCACACAAUGAACGAUUGCGACAACAAUUGUUUACCUCGAAAUUCCUUCAUAAACCAUCAAAGAAACCGGCUCCAGUGGUUGUUACUUUGCUGUUGGAACUGAGUGAUAUUCAAGUGCAAGGAGGCGUAUGUGUCGAUCAGUUCACCGGAGCCGAGGCAAAUGUGAUUUGUCGUUCAGCUGGGUUAAAGAUGGCCAAGGAGUAUUCUACAGUGUCUUUGGACAACUUGGGUCUAUCCGUGGAUUAUCCAAUUAUGCGUGUCGGACAUUGCUUUGGUAACGAGUCGCGUUUGGAAGAUUGCGUCACUUUUGCCAGUCCGGAUGGGGUACCCUGUUCCAACCAGACCGUCGGAAUUGCAGUCAGCUGCACUUCAAAACUGCCCGACUUACUACCGGAUGUGCAAGCACUACAAGCUUCUGCAUACAGCACCCUAAUUCCUCUUUUCCAAGCACAGUGCGCCUUAGAAGAGAACUGUUUUCCACCUAGUGUAUACAACUUGAUCAAUCGAAAUCAACGAUUGGCAUACAUGCAUAUGCGACGUCUGUUACGUUUCUCGUCAAUCAUACACAAUGUCGGAACAGAUGUGUUUCGUCCACACGAGCCGAAAGAGCGAUGGGUCUGGCACGCUUGCCAUAUGCACUACCACAGUAUGAAAGUAUUCUCUUACUACAAAGUCGUUGAUUCGAAAAAACGUGUGCUUGCUGUUGGUCACAAAGCCAGUUUCUGUCUGGAAGAUAACGCUUGUCAGCCGGGUUAUCGCAUGCGCUUCCGCUGUUCAACCACACUAUCCACACGUGGAGAUCAAGGAAUUAGUCCCGGUUGCCAGGAUAACUACUUUCAUGAUUACGAUUGUCAGUGGCUGGAUAUCUCGGACCUUCCUCCGGGAAAGUACACAUUUCACCUGAUAUUGAAUCCGGAUUUCCUGGUCCCUGAAGUCAGCUAUGCAAACAACGCGAUUGCCUGUGAAUUGAUCAUUGGCCGACAACAUCAUGAAGGAUCGUUGAACAAAUGUCGCCUAAGCCAUCCUUAUGAUUUGUGA